GCGCUCUCUGCCGGGGACAGCAGGCUGCUCUACUGCCGCCUCUUCGCUCCGGAGGACGGACUCCUCACCGAGCAGCUCCGGGAGCUCAGCCCGGAGGAGAGGCGCCUCCUGCGGGGGGAGAAGGCCGCGGUGGUGGCGAGACAUUUCCGCCUUUUCAGAAAAUCCCAAACGUGUUGCAAUUUCGAAGAAGCUCUGAAAACCUCAGCUCUUGAUUGUGAAAGAACAACAGCAGCACGGUCAUGAUGCAAUACCGCCACUCGUCUGUCUGCUUCCUACUGAUCUUCUGAGGCUGCACAAUGUGAAGUGCAUCAGAUGGACCGGCGGAGCUUGUCAAUCUUCUCUGUGUUCAGGGACGGAGGGGGCCUUCGGCGUUUUGUGCGGCUCUCUUUCCUCCCACAUGACAAACGGCAGGUGAGGAGCGCUGUGUCUCUGUCCCGGGAGGCCUCGGGGCGGCCGCCGGUGGAGGCGUUGCCCGGUGAGGAGGCCCUGGCCCUGCAGGACGCCAGCAGCGGUGUGGUGCGUCUGAGAGCUGGGGACCCUUUCUCUGAGGAUAUGAGCGCUCUGUGGCUGGGUGUCCAGAGUCUGGGCUUCACGCUGGUUUGCGAGCCCCACGAGAACCUGCUGCUGGCCGAGGGAACCCUGCGCAACCUGACCCGACACUGCCUGGAGCACCUGCACAUGCUGGGGCCGGGGAGCGAGGUCCUGCUGAGGAGCAACCGCAUCGACGCCCUGCUCAGCCGCCUCCUUCCCCACGGCCAGCUCCUCUUCCUCAACCACCGCUUCGCCCAGAGUCUGGAGAAGGACGUCGCAGCCUACAUGGCCAAGUGAACCCGGGACCCAUCGAGGCACCGUCCACCUGACUUCCAGUGUGAGCGCCGUUACCGCGAGCUGCGUCUGCCAGCUCUCAAACAAACAAGUCGACUCUUGUUUACCUCCGGUGACAUUUCUGCGGCGGUGGAAGAAGCACGGACGACUGGCAGCUGCUGUUUCAGAUUACACGAGGUGGUAAACACACAGAGUGGUAAAUAUUUCCCCCUCAGCCACUCGCAGCUCACUCCUGACUGUUUACUGUGUGGGAGGCUUCAGUUCAAAUCCUGUUUGUCAAAUUGAGGAGUGGAAAGGAGAAUGUGGCAGAUUAAAGAGUGCGGCUGAAGAGGCCAGUUAAGACCUACUCGCCCGCAUCAAAGACUGCCAUUUAUCUAAUUCCCCGCACUUCAAAUGUCAACGCGUGACCUUGGAUAACCAAGACUUCACCUGUUCUUUUCGACAGUUCUCCGAGUAUAAAAGCAUCUGAGAGUGCUCUAUCGGCGAGUCGUGACUUCCAGCCGAGCAGAGCUGUUCCAGGAGAGUGGGAGGAAACCGGAGCCAAACCGCCGAAACGGAGCAAAGAAACAAAUCAAAGCCAAACCAGUUUAACGUCAUUUUUGAACCAAAUAUGUCAGAAUUCCUGAGACACCGAGGACAAAGGAAAAAAGACGGGAGAUGACAUGAAAUAUUAAAAAAAAAACACAAUGGAUGAAUGAGGACAUGUUGGCACGAAGAACAAACAUGGAAACAUUCAGACAACAAAUAACAAAUCUAUUCCCAUAUCUGAACAUCUGUUGUACCUCUGACAGCGUCUCUCCCCCCCUCCCUCCUGCUCCCAUUAAAUUCUCUUAAACCCUCAGUUUCUGUGUUGGCAACCAAAUCCAAAACUAAACGUUUGGUAUUCAAGGAGAGGAAAUCUGUCUAGAUGCCAGGAUCAGUUGCUUUGAUUGUUUCCUUUUUUUUCUGUAUUAAAGAAUUGAACUCA